UAAAAACAACAAUAAACACAUUUCAUGAGGCAGAUGUUUACAACAAAUAAAUUGCAAGUGUUUUCUUAUUUAAUAAAAUUUAAAGAAAAAUUUUGUUAAAUUAAAAUAAAUUAUGUUUUAUAAACAUUAACAAAAUGUUCCGCCAACAACCCAAUCAAUUACAAUGCCUAGUGCGUCAAAUGGUAGCUAAUUUACCAAGAUAUUAUGCCAAAAAAUCAACAAACAAUAAAACCACCAAUAAAGAUGAUGAAGUGGUAUUUACGCCCGAACUGGGAGCUAGUUUUUUUGCUAAAAAUAUAGGUUCCACCUAUUGGAAAUGGCAUGCCAUACUGAGUAAACAUCCCGAAUUGAAAACACUUAAAUCCAAAGAUGUUGUCAACACCAUAAAUGCUUUGCGUAAGUUUAACUUUUCGACAGAGGAUAUUCUAACGAAACCCAUGAUUCUCUAUACAAAUGAAAUGACUUUGGAGAAUCGUUAUAGUGUUUUUAAAGAAUGUGGCUUUGAAACGAUCACCAUAUCAUUGUUAUCGAAAUAUGUGGCAGCCAUGAAUAGAAGUGUGGCCACUUUAAAGUCUUUGGGGCAUAUACCCUAUAAGGUCAAUGUUAUCGAACAGUUGCGUCAGACCUUUGAAGACAUUGACGUGGAACUGCAUACGAAUUAUUCCUACAAUGAAAGUUUAGAAUUGAAAAUCUUACGACAGCGUAUACUCAAUAAUUAUUUGCAACAGCGCUUGCAUAUGUCCAUGGAAGAGGUCGAGAAAAUCUGGCGGGUUUAUACACGUUUGAAACAUAAAAGUUUCUAUUCCGUACAGAAAAUGGUUAAAGUUCUUUUGGAUGAAUUGAAAUUUCCCCGAGAUCGUAUUGCUAAAAAUGCUUUCAUAUUAUAUGGUGAUGCGGAUAAUGUGCGUAGAAUUAUUAAGGAAAUACCCACGAUCGAUGGUCAAGAUAUUAGGGAGAUAUUAUUUAAAAGACCUAAAAUAAUGAUGUCAUCCUGUGAUGCCUUAAUGGCUACACUGCAGCAUGUUAAGGAUUUUGGUAUAGGCGAAGAGGCUAUACUGCGCUGUUUGGAGGUAUUGACUUUGGGACCGGAUACCGUGUUGGAACGUCUAAAGGAUUUAAAUGAAGUGGAAGAAUUUCAGGUUUUAAAUACGAAUCCAAGAAUAUUAAGAUUGGUGCAUUAUCAAAAUAAGGCUAGAUUGCGCUUGGAUUAUUUGAAUCAAUUGAAAGUAAGAUGUGCCUCAUUGCAUAUAUUGUCGUGUGGUUCAGAAGCAUUUGCCAAAUUUGCUCGCGAUGGCUCCGAUCGCACUAAGGGUCGCGAUAUUGUAGUAUAUUUAGCCAAUAUAAUGGAGAAGUCGGAACAGGAUGUACGUAAUUUAUUGUCUCGACAUCCUAACUGGUGUCACAUACCCGCCUUACAAGUUAAACAAUGUUAUGAGUUCCUAUUAAGCAAGAAAUUUACCAUAACCGAUAUUUAUAACAAUAUCCACCUUCUAUUAUACCCAACCAAACGUAUAGAUGAAAAAUUAAUACAAUUGCAAACACCAGAAUUCUUGCAGGAUCUACAAAUACAUCGCAGCUUCAAACAACUUAGUAAUAAUGAAGUACUCACUUUGGUUUUAUAUUUAAUUGAAAGUGAAUUUCAUUUUACCGGUGAUGGUAUUUGGACCGAACAACAUACACAGCAUGUAGAGAACUUUAAUAAUUUAUUACCCGAUUUUCCUGAGAGUUUAAAUAAAAUCUAUAAAUAUGGUGUUAAACCGGCAGCGACGACUGCAACAACUGCUUUAGGAGGCGCCACAAACAAAGAAUAUGUCGUGAAUCAUUAAUUUGUUAUUGAAAAUUUGAUUUUUUCAAUUAGUUUCAUAGGUUUGUUUAUUAUUUAAUUUGAAUUAAAAUCAAAAUAGAAGU